AUGAGGCCCUCAAUAGCAUCAAUAAUCUCCGCCCUCCUCCUCGCCGCCGCGCCCGUGACAUGCGCCGAGCGCAUGCUGACAUCGACCUCCCUGAACCCCUGUCAGUCAAACAGCAGCUUCUCCGCCACCCUCUUCGAUGUCGUCUUCACCCCCUCCAACCGCAGUCUGGCCUUCGACGUCAACGGUGUGAGCAGCAUCGAGGGAAACAUCACCAUCCAGCUGAACAUCAUUGCAUAUGGCUUGAACGUCUACAAGACAACCAUUGAUCCUUGCGAAUCCGACGACCUACGCGGUCUGUGUCCCAUGAACGAGGGUCAGAUCAACUUGCAGAGUAAUGCGGAGAUUCCAGCGAGUUCCUUACGUCAGGUACCUGGUGAGUAGAUGGAGGGAAACGGCGCGCUGAAGGAGGGAGGAGCCAGACAGCUGACACGCUACGCAGGUAUCGCGUAUACCGUACCCGACCUCGACGCCAAAGUCCAGGUGUACUUCAACUCGACCACUACCGGCCAGUCCGAAGCCUGUGUCGAAGCCGAGCUGUCCAACGGUAAGACCGUCGACCAGAAAGGCGUCGCAUGGGUCGUCGCCGUCAUCGCAGGUCUUGCUCUUGUCGCCUCUGCCAUCACUUCGGGUCUCGGCCAUUCCAACACCGCCGCCCAUGUCGCCGCCAAUGCCAUGGCUCUCUUCGGCUACUUCCAAGCCCAGGCCAUCAUUGGAAUGUCCUCCGUCGAGCUGCCCCCGAUCGUCUCUUCCUGGACCCAGAACUUCCAAUGGAGCAUGGGAAUCAUUCGUGUCGGAUUCCUGCAGACACUCGCAACUUGGUAUCAGCGUGCCACUGGUGGAACCCCCUCGACGAUCUUGUCCAACUUGAGCUCCGCCUCCGUCGAGGUUCAGAAGCGCAGUCUCGACGCUCUCUACGGCUUGGUGAAGCGUACCAACGCUGGUGCAAGCUCCAAUACCGACUCCUCCACUCAGGUUGUGAUCCGCGGCAUCAAGCGUGUCGGUUUCCGCGCUGGAAUCGAGCCCACCAACAUCUUCUUGACCGGUUACAUCUUCUUCCUCAUCUUCGUCAUCUUCGUCGUCCUGGGCGUGGUCUUGUUCAAGUUCAUCUGCGAAGGCUUGGUCAAGGCUGGCAAAAUGAAGGGCGACAAGUUUCAGGACUUCAGGAACGGCUGGACCACUGUUCUCAAGGGCAUCUUGUUCCGUAUGGUUCUCAUCGGCUGGCCGCAGAUGGUGGUGCUCUGCUUCUGGGAAUUCACGCAGAAGGACUCCGGCGCUGAAGUCGUCCUCGCCGUCUUCACCGUCUUCUCCAUGAUGGCCAUCCUCGUCUGGGCAUCGAGCAAAGUCAUUCGCCUGGCGCGCCGCAGCAUCCAGAUGCACAAGAACCCGGCCUACAUCCUCUACUCGGAUCCGGUCUCCCUCAACAAGUGGGGCUUCCUCUACGUCCAGUUCAAGGCCACCGCCUACUUCUUCAUCGUUCCUGUCCUGAUCUACAUCUUCAUCAAGGGCCUCUUCAUCGGAGUAGCCCAGAGCAGCGCCGUAACCCAGGCCAUCGCACUUGUCAUCAUUGAGGCCAUCUUCUUGAUCGCAGUCUGCGUUAUGCGACCAUACAUGGACAAGAAGACUAACGGUUUCAAUAUCGCCAUUUGCGUCAUCAACUUCGUCAGCGCCAUCUUCCUGCUGGUCUUCUCGGACAUCUUCGGACAGCCAGGUAUCGUCACUGGUGUGAUGGGUGUCAUCUUCUUCAUCUACAACGCGGCCUUCUCGACCAUCCUCAUCGUCAUUGUCCUGGUUGCAUCGUGCAUCGCAGUGUUCUCCAAGAACCCUGAAUCUCGCUACCAGCCGAUGCGCGACGACCGUGGCAGCUUCAUCAAGUCGCAGUCCCAGCUCACAACCGAGCUUGACGCGCUAGGUGCAACAGCUCGCGGUGAGCCAAAGCACGGCUACUCCGACAAGAGUGGCACACGCAUUGAGGACGACGACGACAGCUGGUCCGGCAAUAGCAGUGACCGGACUACGCAAGUCCAGCAGGCUGGCGGCUACGGGCACCCACCCAAUUACCCAUCAGACAACGGCAGUGCACGACAUCUGCCACCGUACGAAAGGACAGGGUCUAUGACCAGCAGUCAGCAUCGUUUUCGUCAGCAACAAAAUGCGAGUCCUUGGCAAAGAGGAGCCGGCUACGAUUAA